GUAGGCCCUCUUACUUGCUGGAGACGACCAGCGAGCGCUCCCUCAUCUACGGGCUGCUAAACCCUAUAGUACUUCUUGCUUUCUACAAGUUUGUGGAAGAACACCGCCUGCAGCAGCUGACAGCGAUGAAACCCAUUAAGAAGUACGCAGCAGCAGCAGCAGCAACUGCAGCAGCAGCAGCAACUGCAGCAGCAGCUGCUGAUGCUGCUGCUGCAGCUAAAAUGGCAGCAUCAGCAGCCGGAUUAGCAGCAGCAGCAGCAGCAGCGCAUCACUGCAGUGGCUUGCGUGUCUACUAUUAG